AUGUACUACGAACAUGGCCCGACUAGCAGUUAUGGUGGCGAUAACUCUAGAUUCCCGAAGAAAAGCCCUUUUGAGGAGACAAAUGGACUUGAAAUCGGGACAAAAUUUCGGCCGAAAAGUGCGCCUAUUGGCUACGCUGGCAACAUAUCCACAUUAAGGCGGAAAUGUAAUCCCAAUUUGCAGUGCCAGGGUUGUGAGAAUACCAUUCCUCUAGAGAAGAUGGCACCAUCACAUGUCUCCGUGGACCUGAGGCUUCCUGAAUCAAAGGAGACCCAUCUUGGACUCAAGUUAUCUCUUAAAGGUGACCUUCAAGAGUUGAAUUUCAUUUCGAGCAGUUUUUAUUAG